UUUCGUUACAGGUGCUCACUAUCACGUCAAUGCACACUUGAGAAUAGGAGAAAUAGAAAUACUAAGCAAAUCAAAAUAUUGUUUUACCACUGGAAUGAGUAGGUUCAUACACAAACUGAGGAUUCAUUUACUUUCUGUUAGUACCUGAUAUCGUCUUGAUACUUUUGAUUUUACUCAGAGGUUACCAUGAUGGUUCACCAGGGAAUAUACUUUCCACACAUUUUCCCUGGUGUAUCUUUCCCAAGAACCCAUCCUUGACCAAGCAUCAUGCCAUUUUACACAAAAGUUGUUGUUUUUUUUACACAAAGUAUCGAUAGUUUAAUAGCAUAAGAUUUUGAUCUGUCAUUCAAAAACAUAUGUGCUUUAUGAUUCUAAAGUAAGUAAUAAAUACAAUAGAGGUUAAAAACAAAACAAAAAGAACAACAUGAAACAUAAAACUAAACAAAGCCAGGGCCAAACAGGUGGGUCAGACUAAUUUUAAAGGUGACCACAGUGUCCAGUCCAGUGAGUUUCAGUUGAGGAGAAGGAAUCAAGGCUUUCCUGCACCUUAGGGACUAGGCCAAGGGAGCGUGGAUAAGGACCUCUGUUUUAUCAGCAUUAAGCUGUCCAAAAUUAUCAGCCAUUGUCUCCAAUUUUUAUUAGUAUUUAGGCAUUCUUGUAAACUAGACAUUUGUGUCAUGUUUUGAGGGUUAAAAUAGAUGUAUAAUUAAACAUCAUCUGCAUAGCCGUGAUACUGUAUACCUUUAAAAUUAUUAUCUGCUCAAAUGGGAGUCACAUACAAAGCGAAUGAAAACACAAGUUUGUUGUAUAUUUAAAGGAAGUUUUACAUUCAGUGUUAAAUAUCCACUGUCUCUCCCUCUCAGUCAAGAUUUUAAUUCUAGAUUUACUAAGUAGAAUGUGAGGGUGCAUUCAGAUGGUCAGUCUCUUGAGAGGAGCAAAUUAGCAUCUAUUGAUAUUCAGCAGCUCCUCCAGUAGCUCUCCAGGCUGUGGGGGUGGUUUUGGUGGUCAGGGGGUGGUAGAUAAUGGAUGCAGAGGCGAGAAGAUGCUCCUCCUCUGAGCUUCAUAACCCAGAGUCACACUGCUCCAGUCAGUCUGUGUGACACUGCUGAGACUGAGAGGGCCUCAGAGAUGACGACUGGCUGUAUGAGGUCGACCCUGGAGCCUGAACAUCGACUGAUGACACAGGAGAGCAAAAACUACCAGCAGGCGCUGGAGAGCCUGGUGGACAGGAAGUCAGAGAUGAAGGAUGAUAAAGAAGAGGUGGCGAAGGAGGCACUCUGUGCAGAAAAUCAGGAGGAAGACCAGCUGAAGAAACCUCGCAGAAAAGACACACCCGCCCUCAACUCUCCUCCACAUAUACCAGGAGUGAGACUGCUAAAGGCGGAGAAGCAGAUGGUCCACUCAGAGGAUGAGGAAAAGGAUGUGAAAGAUUAAAGCCUCUCUUUAACUUUUAUUUUGUUGUCAAUAAAUGUUUUUAUGUCCACACUCUCAUUAAAUGUUGACCAAACAUUUCUCUUUCA